CAGCCAAGCUAUGUCGGAACCCUGCAACAACUCUCAAGCGUUCUCUCUGAUGCGUCGUCCCGCGUUCGUACGCUCCUCAAUACUCUACCAAAAAUCAACACUCUACCCCCGGAAUUGCUCGGGAAUAUCUUCCUCCACUACGUAACCGAGUCAGUGCGGAUCGAAGGCAUGUCCAAUUACAACGCCUUCGGGGUCUUCAACUACGCCUCGCGGCGCAAGGCGUUCCGUCUCACAGAAGUCUGUCACCACUGGCGCACUGUCACUCUUGCUACGACUUCGCUCUGGUGCGGGGUCAUAUGCGGGUGCGACGACUUGAGGCCGCCAGAGUACCACCUCCACCUCUCCAAAGGCGCCCCCCUGCACGCGAUCAUCAAGGGGGAUCUCGAGGCCGCCGAGAAUAUCCUCGCGACGUAUCCCGCCCGAAUCCAGCACCUUCUCAUGAUGGACACGACCUUCUGGUCGCGCCGCUACGACCCACGGCGAUUCCUCGCGCACGUUACCCCCGACCUCCUCACCUGUACACUCAACUUACAGUCGUGGCCUCGCGGGCCUCGCCUUCCCGAGCUCCGAUACAACCUCUUCGCACCAGGGGGGGCCGAGCGCCUGCGCUCGCUCUCGGUUUACACCGCCAAAAUCAUACCAAAUGACCAUUUCCCGAAUCUCCGCGUGCUCAACUUGUACGAUAUAGUCGGCAUCCCGAGCUUCCCGCACAUUCUCUCUCUUAUCGGGCGCUGUCCUUUGGUCGAGGAGGUCUGCGUGCAUUCCGACUGCAUGCCUGGACCCAGCACGCCUGAUGGGCGUUGGGAUCUUGUCGAGCUCAAGCACGCGAGGAAGAUUGCGCUCCUCUUCCCCAACUCAGCAUGGAUCCUUGCUCACCUUGCGCUACCCUUGAAUGCGCUGGUGCGCGUGGACGAUUUCAUCCUCGAGGAGCAGUCGAAAUGGUCUACGUUGCCUGCACCCCUGGGACCUGCAGCGCCAAACUUCACCCGCCUGCGCAUUUUCCCGCAGGAGAGCUUCAUCCACGACGGAAUCGUUGGGGGUCUCCGAGUUGAGCUUGCUGCAGCUAUGAACGCUCACGCUGGCUAUUGCCUCAAUGCCAUUGCACGUUCUACAGUGCCAUCGUUGGUCCGGUACAAGACCCUCGUAGACAUCUUUGACAGGACCGAUUCGCGCUUUGCACACAUAACCGUCCUCUGGGCUGUACGUAUACCCAUGACAUUAUCCCUUAUUCUCUCCGCUCUGCCUACAAUACGCGUGCUUGGCGUCGUGCUCAAUUAUGGGGAUACUAUGAUCGAUCUUGCUGACACGCUGCGAGUGCGGGCUGACGGGGACCUUGUUUGCCCCUCACUUUCCGCUCUCUAUAUCUCUCACUGUCAGGGAUGCGGGAAAAACCUACACUCGCUCCGGGACACCGUCGUCUCGCGCGCCCAGGCCAACCAUCGUAUCGCGCGGGUCGCUCUUCGGUGCGCGCAUACCCCUAACGAAGACGAGUCCACCCUUGCGCCUCACUUCGCUGCCAUCCGCCAACAUGUCGAUGAAUUCACCAUAAUUCCACGCAUAUGGCAUUCCAAAUCACGCUCCAUCUUGCCUCUGGAAUGGCGCGAGGAAUGGGGGCGCGAAGACGAUGGUGUUUGGCCGGACUGGGAGUUGUUCGGUGGGCCGCGCGCAAGUGUGCGGCGCGACUUUUUCAAGUAGGGUGAGCUCGUGUACCGCCACCCUGGUACAGAGCAGAUUCUAUAUUCCCAUCCUGGGCUGAAGAUACGCCGUGUUUCGGAGCUAGCCUGACUUGUGGUUUUUGUGUGUGCGACCCCCGCAGUACAUCCACCCCGCGGAUGGUACGGGCGCGUACUAUAGAUCCUUGUGAUACGGAAAUCGGAAUGGAUGCAUGUACGAGAAUGAAACGCGUGCGCUCAUGCGCGGUUCGCUUUAUUACGAAGGAUGUCAAGCACUAGCCGGCGAUGGGAACAAAUUAUAGCGACUGA